AUGGGUCAAUCAAGAGCUUUCAGUGCUCCAGGGAAGGCGUUGAUAGCGGGUGGAUACUUGGUAUUAGAUCCAAUUUACAAUUCAUAUGUUACAGCAUUGUCAUCUCGAAUGCAUUCUAUUGUGGAAUCCGAUAUCACCACCUCGACUAAUGGAAGGAGGAUCAAGAUUUCAUCACCCCAAUUCAAACAAGGUGAAUGGGAGUAUAUAAUUGAUGGUGACAAGUACUUUAAGGAUUUGAAAGAGAUUAAUGGAAGAAAGAAUCCCUUUAUAGAAGCUACCAUUGCUACUAUCUUAAGUUAUAUUCAACCUAAACAUAAUUUCAAUAUCAAUAUAACCAUUUAUUCUGAUGCUGGAUAUCAUUCUCAAGAAAACACUGUUUCAGAAGUAUCUUCCAAUGGUCAUAAACAAUUCUUAUACCAUGAAAAAGCAAUCAAUGAAGUGGCAAAGACAGGAUUAGGAUCAUCCGCAGGUUUAGUCACAGUAUUAACCAUUGCAUUAUUAUCAUACUUUGAACCUCAAUUCAAUACUAAUACUUCUAAACAUAUUGUUCAUAAUUGUGCUCAAAUAGCUCAUUGUUAUGCUCAAAAGAAGAUUGGAUCAGGAUUUGAUGUGGCAGCUGCUGUAUAUGGAUCCAUUAUAUAUAAGAGAUUUCAACCAUCAUUAAUUGAGCCAUUCUUAACAGGUGAUAAUGUGAAUAAUAUAGACGAAUUAAAAAGUUUGAUUGAAUCUGAAUGGGAUUUCAAUCAUGAUCAAUGUACUUUACCACCUAAAAUCAGAUUAUUAAUGGGUGAUAUUGAAGGGGGAUCUGAAACUCCUAAAUUAGUAAGUAAGAUCUUAAAUUGGAAACGUGAAAAACUUGAAGAGAGUGAUUUAUUAUAUCAUAAUUUGAAUGCAAGUAAUGAGAAUUUAAUUAAGGUCUUACAUGAUUUACAUCAAUUUUAUAAUCAAGAUCCAGAAAAGUAUAUCACCGAAAUAAACCAAUCACAUACUUCAUCAUCAUCGCCUCAAUUCAAAGCAUUAUCGGAUGCUAUCAAUCAAAUCAGAUUAAACUUACAAUCAUUAACCAAACUAUCAGGAGCAGAUGUUGAACCAGAAUCACAAACAGAAUUACUUGAUAAUUGCAAUUUAUUAGCAGGUAGUUUUGGAGGAGUAGUUCCAGGAGCAGGAGGAUACGACGCGAUAUGUUUAUUAGUGAUUGAUCAAUAUAUUGAAGAUAUUAUUAAAGAAACGAAACAUGAUGAAAAGUUUAAGAAUGUUACAUGGUUGAAUUUACAUGAAGAAGAAGAAGGUGUUAAACAAGAGAAUGUAGAAGAUUACAUUGGAUUGUAA